GGGGGGCUCUGGUGGUUCCACGGGGAGCGCUGGGUCGGCUCGGGAGCGCUUUGGGGGAGCCGACAGGGCUCGGCGUUCUCGGGGGGUAGAGCUUAGAAGGACUCAAGGGGGGCUCGAGGAGCGUCAGAGAGCUCAAAAGGGUUCAGUAGAGGAUCAAAGGGCACUCAGGGGGGUGGGGGGAAGCUCAGUGGGGCAGGCCCGGCCCCACUGCCCAUCCUCACCAUCCCUCACUGCACAGGCAAGUCCUGGCGUCGCUGCGAUGGCGGAGGAGGGCGGGGAGGAAAAGAAGCAGGUGGUGAAGUUCGAGCUGGAGCGGGAGACAGAACUGCGGUUUGAGGUGGAGGCCUCACAGACGGCGCAGCUGGAGCUGCUCACGGGCAUGGCUGAGGUGUUCGGCACUGAGCUCACCCGCAACAAGAAGUUCACGUUUGACGCGGGUGCCAAGGUGGCUGUCUUCACAUGGCACGGCUGUGCGGUGCAGCUGAGCGGGCGCACCGAGGUGGCCUACGUCUCACGGGACACCCCCAUGCUGCUCUACCUCAACACGCACACGGCACUGGAGCAGAUGCGGCGCCAGGCGGAGCGGGAGGAUGAGCGCGGGCCCCGUGUCAUGGUCGUGGGUCCCACCGAUGUCGGCAAGUCCACCGUAUGCCGGCUGCUGCUGAACUACGCUGUGCGCCUUGGGCGCCGACCCACCUUCGUGGAGCUGGACGUGGGCCAGGGCUCUGUCUCCAUCCCCGGCACCAUGGGCGCCCUCUACAUCGAGCGCCCAGCCGACGUCGAGGAGGGCUUCUCCCUCCAGGCCCCUCUUGUCUACCACUUUGGCUCCACCACGCCUGGAACCAACAUCAAGCUGUAUAACAAGAUCACGUCCCGCCUGGCUGAUGUCUUCAACCAGCGCUGUGAGGUGAACCGCCGGGCGUCGGUGAGUGGCUGCGUCAUCAACACGUGCGGGUGGGUGAAGGGCUCAGGGUACCAGGCGCUAGUGCACGCCGCCUCUGCCUUCGAGGUGGAUGUGGUGGUAGUGCUGGACCAGGAGCGCCUCUACAACGAGCUCAAGAGGGACCUGCCCCACUUUGUGCGCACCGUCCUGCUCCCCAAGUCCGGUGGUGUGGUGGAGCGCUCCAAGGACUUCCGCCGGGAGUGCCGGGAUGACCGCAUCCGCGAGUAUUUCUACGGCUUCCGGGGCUGCUUCUACCCGCACGCCUUCGAUGUCAAGUUCUCUGAUGUCAAGAUCUACAAGGUGGGGGCCCCCACAAUCCCGGACUCCUGCCUGCCGCUGGGAAUGUCGCAGGAGGACAACCAGCUGAAACUGGUGCCGGUGACGCCGGGGCGGGACAUGGUGCACCACCUGCUCAGCGUCAGCACAGCCGACAGCCCCGAUGACCCCAUCUCAGAGAGCAGCGUCGCCGGCUUCAUCGUGGUCACGGCUGUUGACCCCGAGCGCCAGCUCUUCACUGUACUCUCCCCGGCCCCGCGCCCACUGCCCAAGAGCUUCCUGCUCAUCAUGGACAUCCGCUUCAUGGACCUCAAGUAGAACAGGAACGAGGGCUUGCCCAGACCCCAGCUUCCUCCCUUCUCCCUGUUUUUAUACUCUUGGUGCUGAUUGUUAUUAAAAUCACAGUCUUUUUC